AUGGUACAUAUUAAUAUAUAUAUAAAAUUAAUAGGGUUAUAUGGGAUAGAUAUGUAAAUUACCUUCAGUAGAUGAAUCAAGUUAGUAAAUAGAUUUAAAUAAUAAAAGACCUUAAUCUUAAGAUUAAUAACAAUUGUAGGAGUAAAUUUUGAGUGACAAUCAGUUCAAUAACAUUCCAAAUUAAUACUCAUUAUAAUUAUCUUGUACCCCAGAACUAGUCAUUCCAUAAUAUGGAUAAAAAAUGCAUUCUCUUCAAGAUAGCUAUUAUACUCCUGAGUUUUUGGGAAUAAGUUAACCAUUUUAAUAAUAAGUGAAUAUAUAUUAAUAAUAAUUUUGAACUAUAGAAUUUCUCAUAAAAAGAUGAAGGUAACAAAAAUGUUAUGAAUUAAGGAAAGUAACGUCAAUCAUCUGUGCAUACUGAAUAAUAGAACAGAAAAUCCUACAGAAGAUCUGUAUCUGCUGUCUAAUCUGGACGCAAAAUUUCUCAUAGUGCCAUCACAUUAGGUGAUAAUCAAAUUCAAAUUACUAUGAUUAACAACAUUACAUAAUGUCUAGCAAAAAAAGUAUAUUUUCAAUUCAUAAAAUUAGAAAAUAUAUGUUGAAAUAUAUUCAGGUCCCCAGUAGAAUGACCGUAAUCAAUCUGAUUGUGAAGAUGAAAUACUUUAUGCUUUGGGUGCUACAAUAGUCAAAAAAUUAAGUAAACAUACUCACUAUUUAAUUUGGCAAUGUAAUUUCUAAUUGAAAUUAUAGAUGGUUUUUUGAGUACAUUAGAGAAAGCUAAGGAAUGGAAUAUUAAGAUAGUAAAUCCUAUGUGGGUAAAUGAGUAAAUAUAAAAGUUAUUUUUAGAUGUCUUACAAAAAAGAGGGAAGUUGAUGCUUCAAAUUUCCCAAUCAUUGAAUUAACUCCUUAAGAGAUACAAGAAUUAAUUAAAAAAGAUGUACUGUCAUAAAUUUAUAUAGAGAGUUCAUAUGAAGAAAGGAAAAUAAUCAAAUCAAUAAAUUUAAGAUGAAGAAGAGGAAGAAGUCAAUGAAUUUAAAACUAGACACAUUUUUAGUUUAUAUAAGAGUUAACUUUAACAAAUAGCUAAAGGUUUCAAUAAAUCUUAUGUACCUAUUUCAAAUUUCAAAUAAAUUUCUAAGAGUAUUCAAGGUAUUAAUAAAUAAGAUCUCAUACAUGAAGAAUUAGAUACUGAAUAAGUUGAAGUGUCUCAAAAGAUUAACUCAUAAUUUAUAUCUAAAAAGAGUUCCAAAACAUAAAAAUCAAAAACAUAAUAAAAUGACUAAAAAUUCACUCUGGCUAUACAUAAAUCAUGCGAUUUUAACAUAUUGAAUUUAUUUGAACAUAUAAAUUUGAAGUAAAUUUAACUAAUAAUAAAGCGAUUAGUAUCAAUUGGUUAUUGAUGAAGAUAUGAAAAUUAAAUGUGAUAUUCUUGUUAUUAAUGAAGAUAAACUAAUUUAUGAUUUGAUUUUCUGCUGUUGUUGUUUAAAUAAGCAGACAAAAAUUAUUUCUUAAAAAUGGAUUAUCAAAUAAGAAUAAAAUCCUAAAAAAGAGAUAUCCUUUAAUUAGUAUCAAUUGACUUACAAUAUGUAAAAAAGUACAAAUAACAUGAUUACAAUAGAAAUAUUGUUCCCUUAUAACUUUUAUGUAUAUUUAUCCAAACCCAAAACAUCCUAAUAAAAGACGAUUAAUCAAAAUCUUAGGUUAGGAUUAGAAUAGUUGAUAUAAAACUUUGGAGGAAAAGUAAAAAUAUUUAAUUAAACUAGAUUACUUAAAAAGAAUUUUGUGAUAUUAUGGUUGUUAUGAAAAUAAUGUUCAAGACUACUGCAUAAGCUAUUCUAAAUUCAAAUCCUAAUAUUAAAAUCAUUCAUGCUGAAUGGUUAUACAAAUCAAUUUAAUAAGGUUGUUUAAUUGAUUUGAAUGAAUAUAUAAUUUAAUAAUGA